UCAAAUCAACCUCUGACGACCCUUACCUUUAGCUUAGCAUUAACGAGUUUCGUUUACUUAUAUGGGGAAAAACUCUCAUAAACUAUCGUUUUUUAUUUGUUUAUUUUAGACCUGGUGCUGUUAUGAUUUGGGAAAGAUGUUAAAUAUUAUAUCAGCGAUAGUAUAAUUCAAAUGGACCCAAGUGUUUGUGUUACUUUAGCCACUUACUCCAUAGGAGUGCAUAAAAAAUAGCUUCCGAUGCUAACUUUCCGGACCUCAGCGGAACAUGCCUUGCCUUUUUUCAGAUGAUCUCUGGCAUUCAUAUGACAGCAGCACCCCGCGUGGGUAACUACAACUAUAUCUGACGCUUUUUUGUCUAGUCGGUAUAUCGUAGGUUGCUGAGCUGGGCAUAGUAGAUAACCCUUUGAUAACCAAGCCCUUCUACCUAGUAAUUGUCCUAAGUUGUUAGGAUUUAACUUUCUUGUAGUUGUUAGGCAUGUAUAGUUUCUCAAGCGAUUGAAUGGCACCAUAUUUAGUAUGCGUAGCAGCUAGCAUGCGGCUUUGCACACAUGAAGAAUCACUAACUUUCGACAGCCAACGUGUUACCUUGGGUUAACUUAACGUUAUUAACGAUACAUAAGGCAUACCGCUAUCGUUACUUUUGUGAACUCCUAACGGGUGCAGGUCAAGCCCCUUGUAGAGUCCUGAGAAGCAAUGAAAGCUCAGAGAGCCUCAUCACAUCCCAAACAUACUCUGCGAAAUGUUAUCAAAAAAGCAAAGAACCCCAAAUGGCAUGGUCACAAUAAAUCACUACUCUCAGAUGAUCACAAGCAAAGCCUCAGUCUAACAUCAGCUAGGUAUGAGAACCAGAUGGGCCACAGUGGGAAAUCCAGUUUAAAAUCGCAGAGAAGACAAUAUGCUAAAGCUGUCAGUGGUAGGACUGUAAGCAGCCCUCUAACUGCAGCACCUAGAGUUAAGGCCUUAGCAGCACACAUUAAUGGACAGACCAAGAGUUUGUCCAAUAGCGGUGACAGUGAUACAGAGGACUCGCAGGGCUGGAGAUCCUAUGCCCAAUCUGUUCUUCAGAAUGGCAAGCAAACCAUCCCUGAUGCUGAAGAAAGCUUGCUAUCCGAACACGUUGGGGAGGAAAUUGAACCAUUUCUCACCCAGUUUGACCAUACCAACAACCGCACCUUGAUGGUUAUGCGACCAGGCCAGACGCUGUGUUUUCGAGGGAAGUGCCUGCUGACGUGUUUGUAUGGGCGGGUGGAGGUGUUGGGUUUCACCAUAGAGGAGGGUCAGCAGCCUUACCCCCUCUACUCCCCAGCCUCUCACUGCCCACUCACCAUUACGGCCUUGGCAGACAGCUCCCUAUCCACCAAAAACCGCAAAGAAGGCCGACAGGAAGCCAAGAUGGUUGUGCGCAAAUACUUAUCCUCUGUGCCGAGGAAGCAUCUACUGAAUGAGAUGGAUUCAGAUUCAUGUGUUGUUCUUCUUGAAGCUCUGGAUAACCCCCUCACACGCUUCCUUACUAGCCACUCACAGCUCAACGAGCUCUUUGGCCUUAGCUCGAAAGAACUGCGUUCAGACUCGGCAGUGGAUAAUUCUGCUCUGAGUGCAGUUGGACUGAUGGCCCUGAACAGUAGUGGGAACCAGGGGCUGAUCACUUCCAGGAGCUAUAGAGAUGCACUGCACAGACUUGUUCAAGUGUGGGGAGAUGAUGAGUGUGAUCGCUGUCCAAUAAUUUUGGUGUAUGGUGCUAAGAACUCUGGGAAGUCUACCUUUGUUCGUCAUCUCAUCAACAGCCUUCUUAACCAAACUACCAGCGUAGAAUACCUGGAGUGUGAUGUGGGACAGACUGAGUUCACUCCCCCUGGCUGUCUCUCUUUGACAGCUGUCACAGAGCCUCUUCUAGGCCCUCCUUUCACCCACCAGCAAGAGCCCAGACACAUGGUCUACUAUGGCCAAGCUGAUUGCCAAUCUGAUCUUGACCGCUACUUAGAGUCCCUGAAGUCACUGUGGCGACACAGCAGUGGUGAUAUGCCGGUCAUCAUAAACACCAUGGGCUGGGUUAGAGGUCUUGGUUUUCAGCUGUUGGUUGAUCUUGUCCGUUUCUUCUCUGUGACUCACGUGGUGCAACUCAGCUUUGGAGAAACUUCUCAGUGUCCUGCUCUCACCCCUGAGUUCUUGAGAACUGCUCAUGGCUGGCAGACACACCCACCGGCCCAGCCUGCUUUAGGACAACCUGAGAAUCAAGAGGCUCCACACAGCCAUGUGUUCCUCAGCAUUCACUCAGAGUUUGAGGGUGCUGGCUCCUCUGGGGAAAUGCGACAUCAGCGCAGUAAUGAAUUGCGGGAUCUGGCUCUCAUGGGAUACUUCAGUCAGAUGCAGGCCCCAGAUUCAAGUCUUAUACGGCCUCUACAUUGCUUCACCCCUUACCAGGUUUCUCUCUCUGCUGUGGCUAUUGGUGUGACACAUUGUGACGUGGCCCCCACACACAUCCUGUAUGCUGCCAACGCCAGCCUAGUAGGACUGUGCUGUCUGGAUGAGAAGGUGGUCGGUCGGGGAGGUCCAAUGCUGCUUUCCCAGACUCCCAUUUGCCCGUGUGUUGGACUGGGUGUUUUGAGGGGUGUGGAUAUGAUAAGGGGCCUUUAUCUCCUGGUGACGCCUGUGCAUCCUACUCUGCUCAGUCGAGUCAACUGCCUUCUGCUUGGCGAAAUCUCCCUGCCUAAAGCCUUGCUUACCAUACAGUCUGGAGUGGAAGGAGACCUACCAUAUAUCACCACAGACUACAGUUUUGAGCUUACAGGAGCAGGAAAGCUACACAUUUUUAAAGGACUGUCCAGGCCCAGUUUUGUCAGGUCCAAAACAAGUAGCAAGGUAUAGAUGGCUCUGCCAGGGUAUGUAAGACUUUAUUUGACCAAGACCGUCAUUUAUGCCUUAGAACGCAAGACUAAAUGAACGAAAUUGCCAUCUGGUGGGAGUACAAUGGUUUGCCAUUGUUUAAAGUAUGAGUUUAUUAGUGUUUUAAAGUAUGAGUUUAUUAGUGCGUUUGUCAGUGUGCUGGUCAAACCAGCCAAGGAGUCCAAUUAUGAUGUUUUUUCGAAAGAGCAUUGUCUCCAUAAAGCACUAUUAAUAUAGGGUCAUUUAAUUGCAUGCUCUACAUUCUCAUUUUACACUUUCACCAGCUUUUUCUCCCAUGUACCAUUUUAAACGUUCGUCUGUGGCUUAGACACCUAUGACAUCAGUGUUUGCUCCUUUUUUAUUUUUUAGCCAGAUAGCGAACAAGUAGAUUGAACCAAUUAAGUUGAAAAAUAAUUAUUUAGUAUAUAUAGGACUGGGUUAUGUCUAUUUUUUUUUUGUCCGCAUCUUGUCCAAUGUGAAUGUCAUUAAUGAGUGUUGGCAAAUAUUCAAGACUUAUUACUUGCAGCUUACUUAUUUUAAUGUCAUUGCAUUGUGGAUGCAGUAAUACCACCAAAGCAGUAAUGGAUAAAAGCAGUAUUGGAUGAUGGGAGUAGUUUUGAUCUCUCAUUACAUGGCCAAGUGUUUUUCAAUUCCAUCAUCUGGUUCUGUAUUGCUUUGUGCGGCCAGCAGAGGUUAGAAAUAGUCUUUCUUUGUUUUGGAACUGGACUGGACUUGUGGUUGGCUUAACUAUGACUUGCCAUUUAACUGUCAGUUCAUGCAUAUUUUACCCUAUUUCCCAAUGGCAGGGAAGUAGGGCAGUCUUUUAUAUUACAUUUUGACAGAUACAAAAGACAUUCAAAUUUGUGAUGUUACAGUUCGCUUUUUCAAACUAUACAUCAAAAAAAAAAAUCAGUUUUGUUGUUUUUUCUUUAUGAUAAUUUUUGUUUAAGCAGUGUCAAGUACUUAGAUUUCACACUUUUUUGUUGAUACACACCAGCUGACCAUUGUUUCUAUGUGUUUUGUAUUUUUAUUUGUCUUGAAAUAAAGGACUCAUUUACAGUCUAGCA